CUUCUACGCUUUCGCCUUGUUCUUCCUCUUAUACCCUCCCGGCACCGUCUCGUCAUCAUCGCCCACUAUGUCCAAGAAACCCGCUACGCCCAACCCUGUAGAAUACACCUACGCCGCCCCCAGCACGCCCAACACCGGCUCUACCGCGCAUUCAAUCCCACACCCGGAACCCAUUUCCUCGACGACGUACCAUAUCGCGGGCAUCCUUACCACCGUGUUUGGCCUGUCCGAACUAGACCCUUCGACCACAGAUGUCGCCGUCCUGUGGCUUCUGCACCCGCGCCUCCAGACGCAGAAAUGCAUGGCCCCGUUCGCCGCGCAUAUCAUAACGGACUGGAACAGCCGAGCAAAGGCCAAAGCCAAGGGGAAAGGCAAAGGGCAAGGGAAAACAAAGGGGCUGAUUGCCGUGUCAUUCGAUCAGCGCAACCACGGCACACGUCUGGUCGACCCGCUGUCGAACGAGGCCUGGCGGUCGGGAAACGAGCGUCACGCUCAGGAUAUGUUCUCAUGCUAUGCGGGCACGGCCCAGGACACGAGUUUGUUGCUGGACUAUUUGUCCGCGUACGUCUUCCCGCACGGCGAGAGACGGAUCGUGCAGAACCUGGUGCUCGGCAUCUCCCUCGGCGGGCAUGCGGGGUGGCAUGUCCUCAUGCACGAUGCGCGGGUCAGUGCCGCGGUCGUCACCAUCGGUUGUCCCGACUACGCGCGGCUGAUGAGCGAUCGGGCGAGGCUGUCCAAGCGGAAGACGUGGCUCGAGACCGGCGGCAGGGAGUUUCUGGGCAGUUCGGACUUUCCGGGCGCUUUGGUCGAUGCCGUGCGACGACUUGACCCCGCGGGACUACUAUGGUCGGGAUCUGGUCUGACCAAGACGCCUGGCCAGGAACAUGGCGAGAAUCUGAGUCACGAGGACAAGGAGAAGGUCAUGCCGCUAAUGGCAAGGUGUUUCGGGAACAAGAGGAUCCUGAAUCUCUCGGGCGGGAGUGAUAAAUUGGUCAACUAUGCGCACAGUAAGCCCUUUAUGGACUGGCUGAAGAAGGCCGCCGGGAAGGGAGGCUGGUUUGAAGGUGGAGGCUUGUAUGUGGAGGAUAUUGUCUACCCGGGCGUCGGGCAUGAGGUCCCGCCGGCCAUGGUGGAUGCGAUGGUGAGGUUUGUCAAUGAGACGCUGGAAGAUGAGAGGCAGAUGGAUGUGGGGAAGCUGGGGAGUAAGAUAUGAAUAUCAGGCAUAAAGUAGAUAUAAAAAUUAGAUCUCAACGGGAGGGGACGGACGAAAAGCGAGGGUCAUCAUGGUGGUAGACUUAAAGGCGACUCACUCGUCGUUCAGCAGGGCCGCCCAUCAAGUGCGCCGCGAUGGCUUGAAUGUUGCUGAUGAGGCGAUGAGGAGCUCUUUUGCAUGGACAACUUGUCCAAGGUCAUCAUAGCAUUUGCGCCCUGUAUAGGACAUGUUCGGCCUCAAAGCUCGUAGUGUCCAG